AAAAGGCCGGUUGCUCCGGAAGUGGAGGGAGGGGGUGAAAAUGGCGCCCAGCUCGAAAUCGGAGCGGAAUAGCGGGGCCGGGAGCGGCGGCGGCGGCCCCGGGGGCGCCGGAGGGAAGCGGGCAGCGGGGCGGCGGCGGGAGCACGUCCUCAAGCAGCUGGAGCGGGUCAAGAUCAGUGGGCAGCUCUCGCCUCGCCUCUUCCGGAAGCUGCCGCCCAGGGUCUGCGUCUCGCUCAAGAAUAUUGUGGACGAGGACUUUCUCUAUGCAGGACACAUCUUCCUGGGCUUUUCCAAGUGCGGCCGUUACGUUCUUUCGUACACCAGCAGCAGUGGGGAUGAUGACUUCUCCUUCUACAUCUACCAUCUGUACUGGUGGGAGUUCAACGUCCACAGCAAACUCAAGCUGGUCCGGCAGGUGCGGCUCUUCCAGGACGAGGAGAUCUACAGUGACCUGUACUUGACCGUGUGCGAGUGGCCCAGCGAUGCCUCCAAGGUCAUCGUCUUUGGCUUCAACACCCGCUCGGCCAACGGGAUGCUCAUGAACAUGAUGAUGAUGAGUGACGAGAACCACCGAGACAUCUACAUCAGCACUGUGGCCGUGCCACCGCCAGGCCGCUGCGCCGCGUGCCGGGAAGCCAGCCGGGCCCAUCCAGGCGACCCAAGCGCUCAGUGCCUGCGGCACGGCUUCAUGCUGCACACCAAGUACCAGGUGGUCUACCCCUUCCCCACCUUCCAGCCCGCCUUCCAGCUCAAGAAGGACCAGGUGGUGCUGCUCAACACCAGCUACUCUCUGGUGGCCUGCGCUGUCUCAGUCCACUCGGCAGGCGAGAGCAGCUUCUGCCAAAUCCUGUAUGACCACACCACCUGCCCCCCCGCCCCUCCCAGCCCCCCUGGGCCCCAGAGCCCCGAGGUGCCCCCCGCCCUCCCCAGCCCCUGCCCUGAAGUGGCCCCCGCCCGGCCCCCCGGGGCCCCCGAGCCCUCGCCCGCCGUCACCAAAGCCAAGGAGUUUGUGGCCGACAUCUUCCGUAGGGCUAGAGAGGCAAGGGGGGGGGCCUUGGAGGAAGCCCGGCCGCCCCCCUGCCCGGGGCCGUCGGGCAGCCGCUGCCGUCUGCCCUCGGAGCCCCUGGCCCCAGGCGGGGAGGUGGCACCCCGAGACAGCCCCCCUGCAGCCGAGGCGCCUGCCCCGGAGCCCGGCUACGUCAACUACACCAAGCUGUACUACGUGCUGGGCUCCAGCGAAGGGACGGAGCCGGAGGACGGUGAGCCGGAAACCCACCCAGCGGGCAGGGCCCUAGGCGUGGGGGGGCCCGCCCCCCUACUCCCAUGUCCUGUUCCCUCAGAGCUCGAGGAUGACAAGAUCUCCUUGCCCUUUGUGGUGACUGAUCUCCGUGGCCGUAACCUGCGGCCCAUGCGGGAGCAGGCCGCCGUCCAGGGUCAGUACCUGACGGUGGAGCAGCUCACGCUGGACUUCGAAUACGUCAUCAAUGAGGUCAUCCGCCACGAUGCCACCUGGGCCCACCAGUUUUGUUCCUUCAGUGACUAUGACAUUGUCAUCCUAGAGGUCUGCCCGGAAACCAAUCAGGUCCUCAUCAACAUCGGCCUGCUGCUGCUGGCAUUCCCGUCCCCCAGCGAGGAGGGCCAGCUCCGACCAAAGACCUAUCACACCAGCCUCAAGGUGGCAUGGGACCUCAACACGGGCAUCUUCGUGACAGUCAGCGUCGGCGACCUCACCGAGGUCAAGGGGCAGACCAGCGGCAGCGUCUGGAGCUCAUACCGCAAGAGCUGCGUGGACAUGGUCAUGAAGUGGCUAGUGCCCGAGAGCAGCGGCCGCUACGUCAAUAGGAUGACCAACGAGGCGCUGCACAAAGGGUGCUCACUGAAGGUUCUGGCAGACAGUGAGCGAUACACAUGGAUUGUGCUGUGAGGGCCCGGCUGUUCUGGACACUGACUCCAACUACCUCCGUGGCCUGGGAGCCGGCCGCCUUCCUGGCAGCCUCUCCCCGGCUGGCUGGCCGACCGAUGACCGGCCGCCCGACGCGACCGACCGACGGGCCGGCACUCGUGUUAGGCUGCGGGGAAGGGGGCUGGGCGGGGCAGCCCCUGGUGGCCUGAGAGUCCGGACGCUUCUUAUUUAUGCCUAUUUAAGUUGGGAAGGGGCAGAGGGAGGGAGCCCCCUGCCCCACCAGCCUCAAGCGCCCACCUUCAUUCACCCUGCGCUGGGCACAGGCCCUUGCUCUCUGUGCAUCUGCCCCUUUCCUUGGCUACGGGUGUGGACAUUGCCCCCCAGGGAGGCCGAAUGGACCCCCUUCCCCUGCCUGCCCCAGCCUCCCCCCACCUGAGGGGGCAGACCUCGUGGCCAUCCCCUCCCCCCGCCCGUCGUUCCUCUUCAUGUAAUAAAUGUUUUAUUUCUGAA